CAAUCGACUGGUCGUUAUUUUAGUACAUCUUCAAAAGACUCAGUGACAGCCACCAAGGAAUAUAGUUAUGUUGUUGUUGGGGCCGGGUCUGCAGGGUGUGUCCUCAGUAAUCGCCUUACAGAAGAUGUUGACAAUACUGUACUUCUAUUGGAAGCUGGUCCAAAGGACUAUUCUUGGAAGAUCCACAUGCCUGCAGCUCUGAUGUACAACCUAUGUGAUGACAAAUAUAAUUGGUACUACAUGACAGAACCGGAGAGAGGCAUGGACAACCGAGUAAUGUAUUGGCCAAGGGGUCGUGUUUGGGGUGGGUCAUCUUCUCUAAAUGCAAUGGUGUACAUUCGGGGUCAUGCUCUUGAUUACGACCGAUGGGAAAAGGAAGGGGCUUUGAAUUGGUCAUAUGCAGAUUGUUUACCUUAUUUCCGUAAAUCUCAGACACAUGAACUGGGUGCUGAUGAAUAUCGGGGAGGAGAAGGGCCCUUGCAUGUAUCUCGGGGUAAGUCUAAUAACGAGCUGCACCAGGCUUUCAUUGAUGCUGGUGUUCAAGCUGGCUACCCAUUCACCGAUGAUAUGAAUGGCUACCAGCAAGAAGGAUUCGGUUGGAUGGACAUGACUGUUCACAAGGGUAAGAGAUGGAGUACAGCUAGUGCAUACCUAAGGAAGUCGUUAAAAAGACCAAACUUAGACACUGAAGUAAAUGCAUUUGCCAGGAGGAUCCUUUUCGAAGGUAACAAAGCAGUUGGCAUUGAAUACGAACAGAAAGGUGUUAUUCACCAAGUAAGAGCCAACAAGGAAGUGAUUCUAAGUGGUGGUGCUAUCAAUUCCCCACAACUUCUCAUGCUUUCUGGUAUUGGCAAUGCUGAUGACCUUAAAAAACUGGACAUUCCAAUUGUUAAUCAUUUACCUGGUGUAGGUUCAAAUCUCCAGGAUCAUCUUGAAGUCUAUAUUCAACAGAAAUGUCAUAAACCAAUCACAUUGUACAAAGCACAAUGGAAGUUUCCACACGUAAUGAUCAAAACUGGACUUCAAUGGUUUCUGACUUUUACAGGUGAUGGUGCUUCAUCUCAUUUAGAAUCUGGAGGUUUCAUUCGUAGCAGACCUGGGGUUGAACAUCCAGAUAUUCAAUUCCACUUUCUGCCAUCUACUGUUAAUGAUCAUGGACGCAAAGUGGGCCCAUGUCAUGCUUAUCAAGUUCAUGUGGGUCCUAUGAGACCUACAAGUAGAGGCUAUUUGAAAUUGAAGUCCCAACACCCUAAGGUUCAUCCACUUAUAGUUGCUAACUACCUUACAACCGAACAAGAUGUAGUAGACAUGAGAGAUAAUGUCAAACUCUCAAGAGAGAUAUUUGCCCAGAAAGCUUUUGAUCCUUAUAGAGGCGAGGAACUAGCUCCUGGUCCCAAUGUCCAAAGUGAUAAACAAAUUGAUGCAUUUAUCCGUCAGAUGUCUGACAGUGCCUAUCACCCAUCUUGUACCUGCAAGAUGGGACAUCCAUCAGAUAAUAUGGCUGUGGUUGGCCCUGACACUAAAGUCUAUGGAAUUGAGAAUCUUCGUGUCGUAGAUGCCUCAAUCAUGCCCAGUGUAGUCAGUGGCAACUUAAAUGGUCCUACUUGCAUGCUCGCUGAAAAAGCAGCAGACAUCAUUCGGAAUCGGCCAGCACUUCCUAAAUCAACAGCUCCAGUCUGGCAGCCA